GACACACCCUGCCUGAUAUAUCUUUUGAUGCUUGUCCAGAGCUUUCUGGGCUGAUAGAAUUUAGUCUCUUCUCUCGCUUGCAUUGUUGUUGCCUCCUAUUUGUUUGGCUAACCAAUCAUUUACCACAAUUCAAGUUGCGUCUUCUACAUACAUACCAAGAAUCCGGCUAAGAAUAACUCCUGUCACCCUGGCUUCCCCAACUUCCAACACCACGCCCAAUACCUACCUUAUGCCCACCAGCCCUUCCAAGAUCAGCCGUGGGAGCGAUGGCUACCGUCCAACAGUGAAGAAGUCCGCCGGGCAAGUCCCCGCUUGCCUUGUAAAUGCAUCUGUGACAUACUGCGGAAAUAACCAGAUAUAUGCGUUUGGUGGAUUUGAUCAAUAUACAGAUGAGGUUUACAACCACGUUCGCCGACUAGACUUGAACACAUUGACGUGGACACUGGUAAAUAACUAUGGAGACAUACCGGGUGUUCGAAUGGGCCAUACUGCGUCCCUCUACCAAGAUGACAAGCUAAUUGUAUUUGGAGGCGAGAAUGAACGCCGUGAAUACCUUUCAGACAUCAUCAUAUUGGACCUUAACACCUAUACUUGGACAUCUCCCGAAGUUCGUGGACCCAUUCCGAGAGGGAGGGCUCGCCAUGCCUCCGUGAUCUACGAGGAUAAACUGUUUGUGGUAGGUGGUGUUACUGGCGAAACCAAUUAUAUCCUCGACGAAAUGUGCUAUCUCGACCUCAAAACCUGGACCUGGUCCCGUACUUGGAGCUUCAUUGCCCGCUUCGAUCACACUGCUUGGGUUUGGGGAGGCAGACUUUGGGUUUUUGGAGGCCUUGGGAUUGACAUGGAACGCGGAACGGAUCUGUGGUGGCUGGACUUGAAAGGAAACCCGUCCUUCAUGGGUACUUCGGCAUCGUCUCAAGGUACCGUCGGAUCCCCAGGAAUGGCAAACAGGAUGACUUACAGCCCAGACAUGCAUUUUAGUACCCCAUCACAGAUUUCCGGACGGCCUAAUGGCUAUGCACCCAACUCGGGCAGUGUCCAAGUUCGAUCUCUGGGUAGACGGAGACCCAAUGCUCCUGGAGCCGUAUCUUCUAUUAAGUUUCACUCCGGCCCAUAUACCCCCGUGCUGCUCUCCGGAACGCAUUUCCAUGUCUAUUCUUCUGGCGUUCUCCUUGAUCUGGUCACCCCUUCUGAAACCGUUCGCCCAUGGGAAUGCAAUCUCUCCUCUUUGGAGUUAGAUUCGUUACGCUGGCAAAGGCUUGCGGAUGGCCCCGAGAUAUUCAAAGCCGGAUAUCGCUGGCACUACUGCACUGUCAACGAAGACGGUACCAAGGCAUGGCUUCUUGGCUGCAACUUAAAUGUUGCUAACGCACCAGGUCUGGGCGACGAGAACCAUUUAAGUGAAGUUCUUCCUAUAGACCUCGAGCGAUACGGCGUCUUGGGCAAUGAAUCACUCAACCAAAGAUCACUCAACGUGGACAGUGAGCAUAACUCUCAGCUAUCUAGCUUAGGAGCGGAAUUGGCUGCAGUUUUUGACCAACCUCCGGAGUCAGGAAGCGGGACAGAUUUUAUAAUCACCGCUGACUGUGAUGAUCCUGGGUACUCCAGUGAUGAGGAAUCUUCAGGAAUGGCCGACUCCUCGCAGCCAACCUCUACCUUUUUGCCGCCCGAUGCUGCCACAUCUGCUCCAAUCCACGUUCACCGCAUCAUUCUCCAAGCACGGUGGCCUCAUUUUAAGCGCCUAUACGCGGCUCAAAUGGCAGAAUAUCAUACAAAAAGAAUGCAUAUUCCUGAGCCAUACAAGGUUGUUCGUGCAUUCCUGCAUUACUUAUACACGGAUAGUAUUUCCUGCCACCCCGAAUUGUGCCCCGGUGUCACUGAAGUGGCUGGAAUGUUAGUAAUGGCAAACCUGUACGAUAUGCCACGACUGCGCCAGCUAUGUGUUCAUCGUCUUAGCCGCGAGUUAGCAGUUGAAAACGCUGCUAUCGUAUGGGAGCGUGCUGGGCGAACAAACGAGGAAUGGCUCAAGCGUCGUGCAGCGGUGUUCUGUAUGGCUAACUGGGGACGUAUUGUAAGAACAGAAGGCUUCAGAAGCCUCAACAGACAGAGCCUUAUGGAACUAUGCGAGGUGGUGGAUACAGAAGGUCGAGUCGUCGGUGGCCACGAACUCGAGUUUACCGGAAGCUGGGGAAGCGAUCGGUACGACCCGAAUGGGGACAUGAAGCGAACUCGCUUGCCUCUUCUCGGUGACGGCGAAGAUAUCGAUGGAGAGGAAGAUGAUGGAAUGGAGCUUACAUGAAAUUCUAUCGCGGGCGGACUUGGAGGACUUCCGAAGGUGUUUGAUGGGAUGUCUUAGUAAUGACGAGAUGAUCACACGGCGAAGGGACGAAUUUUCGGAGUUAGGCGAGGCAUGGGGCGCUAAAUGAUAGUUUCUACAGCGAGCAUAUCUUCGAGAGCUUUUUGACAAAU